AUGGGAUCACUAAGCAAGUUACCACCAGAAGUAGCAAGGGAAUUGCGGAGGCACGUUUCUCCGCGACCUCUCAAGCAAAUGGCCCAGAAGCAAAAGUUGGCGUUGCAGAAAGAACAAGAACAGCAGAGAAAAGGCAGCGGUUGGGUCUUGGCAGGAUGUGUCGUCUUUACGGGGGCCGCUUUCUCGAUUCCCUUUGCGGCACAACAGUGGAUUGGCAAUCUCAAUGCUCGCGAUGAGCCCUUGACACAUGCACAAGUGCGACGAGGUGCCUUUAUGAACUCUGGGUCCGUCGAUGCCGGCAAGGAUCCACAGUGGGAUUUCCGCAAGGGACAGUACAAGAAAGACGACAACUACUGGGCCAUUUUCGACAACAAUGCAGCAGCGCAAACCUUUGGUGCCAUUGUGUCGGCCACUGGAAAAGACGAACAAGAUAAAAGCAAAGAAGAGCCGCCAAAGAAGCAAUAA